AUGGUGGGACGCCCUUCUGCGCGUAUUACUCUGCAGGCGGAGAGGGGGGCCGGCGUAUGGUCUACGCUUGACCCAGUUCUCAGCUCGAAUCGAGUGCUUCGCAUGAGGAUCGCGGCUGCUGUAAACGAUGUUGCGACAGUCCGGCUGAAAGUGAAUGAUGUCGAAAAGACAACUUUCGAAGUGCGCAAGCCACGCAGGCUGGUUUCAGCUUUCACAGUUUUCAACCCUGCAUUAGAGAUUGACGCGGGGGGCAUUAUUGGGUUUUCUUCAACAUCUUCUACCUUAGGUGACAAAGAAGGCGAAUGUCCUGUGGCCUGUGAGGUUACAUCAGACCAUAAGCGAGCUAAAGAAGCAAAUGGAUUUAUUGUACAUUCAAGAGAUCCAUAUCCUCUACCUCCAUCAAAAGAUGUUCCCUGGAUCCUAACGGGUAUGGAAAAUCCUGUUUAUACUCCUAUACUUUCUGACGGCAACUUUAUGUCACAGUUUCAAUUGUCGAGAAGCUAUCGACUUGAUUCUGAUUUUCCUACACCACUCUUCACAAAGCCAAAUUUAGAUCCACCGGUUCCGUUUAGAAAAAAAACGGGAGGAAUUAUUGCUACUCUUUCCAACUGCGAAGCUGUCAGGACAGCGUAUAUAAGACAUCUCAUGGAACAUGUUCAUGUCGAUUCCUAUGGUGGAUGUUUACAUAAUAAAGAUGGUAUAGUAGGACGCUGGGCACCAAACUUUAGAGAAGCAAAACAAGAUGUGGAAAAAUUAUACAAGUUUGUUAUUGUGUUUUUCAACCAAGAUUGUGAUUACUAUGUUGAUGAAAAAAUUCUUAAUGCACUUAACGCAGGUGCAGUACCUGUGGUGAUGAGCACGGAUAAAAUUAAUGAUUUUUUACCUGGAAAUCUGAAAAAUGCCAUUAUCAAUGUCCGAGAAUUUAAGUCACCCAAACAAUUGGCGGAGCGACUUAAGUUUCUAAUGAACAACAAAACUGAGUAUAAUAAGUUCUUGGAAUGGAAAGUAAAAGGCUUAGGUCAUAUUAACGACACUGUGAUUGGAAGAUUUUGGGAAAGUAAAUUUAGACAAUGGUGUUAUGUGUGCCAGGGAGUAUCGGAUGGAAAAGGGCACAAAGAAGGUCUUAAACCUGACUUUUGUAAAACAAGAGAAUAUGAAGACUGGGGAAUUACACCGUAGUGACCUUGGUACACAUGACGGACUGGCCGCAAAGAUGAAUGAAAUUAUAGAAACAAUUUACUGCAUGUAAAUGAUAUGUACCGAGUUAGUAAGGAAUUAAAACGUUUGAUAUCUGCAUUGUUUUCGAUUUUGAGUAUAAGAAAAUUGGACAAACAAUGUUCUAAACUCGUUUAUUUUGUUUAGAUGCAAUAAGUCGACCAACGCAUUUUGUACACUCAGGCCCAGUAUUACGAAGGUACCUACAAUGCUUUGUAGGAACAAUUCCAAAGUAUUUAUCUUAGACUUUGAAACCCGUGAUGGUUUAUUGUUUGUGAUAUCGUAACUUUUUAGAAAUCUGGAGGCACCAUUUGAAUUUGGUCGUAACGCUUACCAACUUGUAUUUGCUAUCUUCUAGUAACAACACUUCCUUCUGUAGUGGUUCAGAGUUCGUUGAAAAAUAAAUUUUAGCUCGUCAAUUUUUAUUCAUAGUACUUUCAGAAAAACACUAGUAGUCAUGAAUUUGUAAAGAAUAUAAUUUUAACAAUGCACUUAAUUAUCUCUAAGAUGCUUAGAAAUGCAAAUUUACGCCAAAA